AUGGCCACUGAGGGUAAGUACAUUGUUUCGUUCAAGGCUGGAACUGACAAGGCCACCGUGGCUCAGCAUGCUGCCAAGAUCGAAGCUGCCGGUGGCAGCGUGACGCACAAGUGGUAUGAGUCUGAGACGCCUGUUGUCAACGGCUUCGCCGCCACCAUCCCCGACACCGUUCUUCAGGCCGUGCACUCUGCGCCCGAGCUCGACGUCAUUGAGGCCGAUGGUCCCGUAACGGCGUUCGGCAGCAACCUCAUUCAGCAGUAG